CAGCAACGUAACGUCAGAAACUUAUCCUUGCUCGAUCGCUCGCCACUGCAUCCAUGAGAUCGCCGGUGCUGACCCGCCUGCUCGCCGCCGCGCUCCUCGUCGCGUCGUCGUCGGCGGCGCUGUCGCAGGCCGCGUGGGUGCCCGUCCUGGACGUGAACGACCUGGUGAUCAAGCAGGUGGCGCAGUUCGCGGUGCUGGUGUACGGCCUGGCGCACCACAGGGACCUGGCGUACGUGGGCGUGGUGCGGGCGCAGACGGAGCAGGCCGUCGGCGGCGGCACCAACUUCCGCCUCGUGGUGGUCGCCGCGAGGCCCGACGGCGGCGGGAGCACCGCGCGGUACGACUGCCUGGUGUGGGGCGUGCCGGGGUCGCGCUCCGACACCUGGAAGCUCCGAAGGUUCAGGAAGAUCGUCCAGGGCUAGCUAUAGCUGCUCAUAUGGAUCCUUCUGGCCUUGCAAUAAGCGUCAGUAAUAAGGUAGUGUUUCAAUGAUCAAUUGUAAGCCGUGUCCUCCUCCUCAUCCUCGGCUGCAGGAGCCAGCCAACUAUAAUGUAGCUCUCACUCUCUAUAUGUAUUCCGUCUGUAACACAGUUUCAUUGCUGCGUAUCAGCGUAUGUGCUACCUGCGUUCGUAGGAAAAAAAAUAUGAGUCAGUGCCUACGAAUGCUCGUCCA